CUAUCAUGGGACUUUUUAUGCUCGGGUCUCGCGAGAUGUUGCGGAAAGCUUUCCAUUGUACUUUAUACUUCUACUUUUAAGGUAGCUAAAGUAAAUCAGUAUCGGUAGUAGCGAUACGUUAGGAUCGAUCCGCCCAUCCCUUUUCGGCGGGCGCUGGCAAAUGUGAGUCAUCGAUUUCCGGGACUUAGUUUGUACGAGGAAAGGAUGGAUAAAGUGCCUAUGAAAAAAGAUGCAGAUGAAUUCUCUAAAGACCAGCAGCAGGACAAGAAGGGCAAAGACCUGCAUUUUCAGUUAAACUCUGAAACAUAUUUAGUACAUUGUAAUCCAUCCAUGACGGUACUAGAUGCUCUUAAUAAAAGUCCUUCUUUCAGGGAAGAGAACAAAAAGCAAGUACUUAUUCUAAGAUCAGCUAACCAAAUGCCUAAAGCAGCUGUGAAGACGGAUUUCCCCUGCUGUCUCAUUGACCACGAUGAGAUUAUAGACGUAUCUUUUAUUAAAAAUGAUGGAAGUAUGACUGAAAAAAAACAGCAUAAAUCACUCCCAAGUAAUCCUGACCAGUUUGUCACUUUUUUCAUAAAAAAAAGGGGAGGACACAAUUUGGUUCUCUUACUAAAGAGCAAAGUACUGAGAUCCAGAGUAGAAUAUGUUUGUGUAUAUGCACACAAAGAAGAGACAUUGAAAAUUGCUCUCAAGCGUGACGGGCGAUUCAACAAUAACCUGUUUCUAAAACGCUGUGCGCUCUAUGAGUUUGGUACAGAGAUCAUACACGAGAUGACACAGCCUGUUGAAGCUCUGGAUCAAAAGAUUUUUAAAGUAAUUGUUCUCAGAAACACCAAACAGCCUGAUAGUCAAGAGGAUUUGACCCUUCCAGUGCAGACUGAACCUGAUGUAGCAUCAGAUGUUGAUGUGACAGAUGAUGCUGACACCAGACAGACACCUGUGAACACUGAGCACGAAACAAAACACAAGAAAAACCCCAAUAACUCCACAAGACCAUCAGCUAGACGGUCUGCACCUAAAGAAAUUCCAGAUUCUGAAGAGAUUCUGGAACUUCUGCGUGAGCAGUUUGCAGGUUUACUACAGCAGGUAAAACGGCGAGAAAAUCUUUUAAACAAUUCUCAGCAGCAAAAAUUCUUUAGAGGAGAAUUUGCUAAAAGUGUUGAAAGUUUUUUGGAGGUGAAGAAAAUUAAGAAGCUUGCAGAACUGUCUGAUGCUGUAUGUCAGAUUCGAGUGGAGGGUAAACCUGAAGGAACUGGCUUCUUACUCUUCGACAGAUAUGUCCUCACUAAUGCACAUGUUAUUGGACCCUUUGUUAUACACAUUCAGGAUCCUCAUCCAUGGAGACUACAGAAGACUGUAACAACUGCAUUUAUCUUUGAAGAUUACCAGUCAGCAGUGACAGAACUGCCAGUUAAGGGAGAAGUUUUUGCUUUUGCAUAUGGAGAAGAUAGCCAGGGCAGGCAUCUUGACUACGCUCUUCUUGAAUUGGCAGCCGAUCCACAUGAUGACAUUCCUCAAUUAUACUCUCAUCACAGUUAUUCUCCUCCACACCCUGGAAGUCAGAUCUGCAUUGUGGGUCAUCCAGGUAAAGGGGUGAAGAAAGUGGACCCCUGCUUCAUUAUUGACUUGGUGAAUGCACAAAGACCUAUGGAUAAUCCCAUUCAUGUCAUUACACCACAAUACUUUGAAAACAACAAGAUCACUUAUGACUCCUGUUUCACGUAUGGAUCAUCUGGUUCUCCAGUUUUUGAUGAACACUGCUUUCUGAUUGGUAUUCACACUGGUUUUUUUACUCACAAAGAUGAAUCUACAAGUAAAGGAAAAAUUAUAGAAUAUGCUUAUUCUCUGGAGCCCAUCAUAGAGGACAUCAGGAAAGUGUGGAACAACAGGGGGAUGACAUAGGACUUGAAGAAGAACAUAAGAAACAAUAGCGUACAAGUCUCAGGGAUUUCAAUUUUUUAACUUUCGUUUCACCAUUUGUGUAAAUAACAUUAGAUUUACAUUUAUGCAUUUGGCAGACGCUUUUAUCCACAGCGACCCACAUUGCAUUUUCCUAUACAUUUUGUUUUUUUUCUAAGUAUGUACAAUCCCUUUGGAUCGAACCCACGACCUUGCAUUGUUAACGCAAUGCUCUUAUUACUGAGCUACAGGAAAGCUACAUUUCUUUAAAGUAAAUUCCACCUCCGGUCCUGCACAUUCCAGUUCAGUUUAAUUUCCUGCAGAUUGUGGAUAAUUCACUAAAUAACAUAUUGAAUUAAAAUAAAGGCAUUUUAGCUGUUGUAA